CAGUCAGUGUGAGAUGCAAAAAGAGGCAUGAAACACUUAUCAAAAUGUAGCCCCCAAAUAUAUAUACAGUAUAUUGUUUAGGCAGUUGUUAUAAAAGAAGGAAGCCAAAAUAAAUAUCAUUCUAUUCAAGAAACAGGAUCACUGGAAAAAAGCUCGAGCUUCUCUAUUUACAGAUUUAAACUACGGAUUAUCUUCGGAUUAACUUUUGUGUCACAGUCACAACACUCUCUGUAUUUCCACAGUGUGAUACCAAGUACUCUCUUGUUUUUACUUCCUCAACACUUGAAGUCCAUUUGUCAUAAAUCAAUCUCAGUCAUACUCACCAUGCCAGAUAUCGUAGUUGUGGGGUUUGUUCCUCGAGCCUUUUUCUCUAUCUUCUCGAAUUCCCAGACUGAUAUCUUUGUGUAGUGCGGGGGUGUCUGGCUUGACCACCGCUUUGCUCCUAUCUCAAAAUCCCUCCUUCAAGGUCACAAUCAUUGCGAAGCAUAUGCCAGGGGACUACGACAUUGAGUAUACGUCUCCAUGGGCCGGUGCAAAUUAUCUUCCGUGAGUCAAGACUCACUGUGCCCAGCUUAGACAUUGCUAGGUAUGAGAUGUUGUAUUAAUUAUCAAUUCGAAGGGUUUCAAAUGCAUCAGACUGUAGGUGGGAGAAGAGGACAUGGUAUGAACUUGCAAGGCUAGCGAAAGAGGUCCCAGAAGCCGGAAUUCAUUUCCAAAGUGAGUUUUUAUGUUCCUCCCACUUUUUAAAGUGAUUCCUUAUUGACUCACAUCAGAUACUGUGAUUCUGAACCGCGAAAAGGAUGCUCAGGGAACUACUGGUCAAUGGUUCAAUGAGCUGCUUUCCACUGAUCCUUGGUUCAAAGAUGUCGUUCCUGAUUUCCGUGUUCUACCACAAAAUGAGAUACCUUCUAGUGCGGAUAGCGGAACAGCAUUCACAUCUGUUUGUAUCAACACGCCCGCCUACCUAUCCUAUCUCGUUGGUCAAUGUCUCAAGAACGGAGCUGUACUGGAACGAAGCAUCAUCAACCAUAUCUCCGAAGCCGCCGAUUUACACCACUCCGGUACCAAGGCCGACGUAAUUGUAAAUUGCACUGGUCUCCUGGCCUCGAAACUGGGCGGUGUUAUGGACAAAGAUGUAAUUCCUGUUCGAGGCCAAAUCGUUCUCGUUCGUAAUGAUCCCGGUGUUAUGUUGACGAUCUCCGGUACCGACGAUGGAGAUGAUGAGGUAUGUUACAUCAUGCAACGUGCAGCGGGAGGCGGAACGAUUUUAGGUGGUACAUAUCAAAAAGGAAAUUCUGAAUCCCAACCAUGCCCCAACCAAGCUAUACGAAUCAUGAAGCGAGCUGUGGAAUUAUGUCCAGCUUUGACGAAUGGGAAAGGUAUCGAGGCUUUGAGUGUUAUUCGCCAUGGAGUGGGAUUACGCCCGUUGAGGUUGAGUGGAGUUCGAAUCGAAAAGGAGAAAAUUGACUCUACUUGGGUGGUGCAUAAUUACGGGCACGGGGGUUGGGGUUAUCAGGGCUCAUAUGGAUGUUCGGAGGGAACUGUGGAGCUUGUUGAGGAGGUUUUGAGAAAUGAGUCGAAGAUUUAAGGGCAAUUAUGAGAAAUUUUCUCACAGUAUGCGAUGGAGAAUAAUGGAGGCCUAUAUCACCAUGAACACUAUCCCGCACCUAAGAAUUUCCCAUUUUCCGCCUGCCAGACAUGCCAUCAUACGGUCACAUCUCUACAGAGCGUCUUCGAUUAAAUAGCGAAUUAAAACAAUUCAAUGCUCAAACUCAAGACUGGAGUGCCUGAAUGUUUCAAGACGUAAUCUCACGUAUCGUAAACAAUGGGAUAGAUAAUGCCGUCAAUAGUAAUUUAUUAUCCCACA